AUGACAGCCGGGAAGCCAAUCAAAUGCCGAGCGGCCAUCCUGUGGAAAGUAAAUGAACCGCUAAAGGUAGAAGACGUUGAAGUUGCCCCUCCCGAGGCUGAUGAAGUUCGAGUAAAGAUCAUCUACAACGCUUUAUGUCACUCCGAUCUUCAUGUAAUGGAUGGCUCUAGUAAAAAUCGCCUACCAAUUGUAUUGGGACACGAGGCGGCAGGCGUCGUCGAAAGUGUUGGAUCACAAGUUCAUGGUUUUGCAGAAGGUGAUGUUGUCAUUCCACUAUAUCUUCCACAAUGUCGCAAAUGUAGAAGCUGCCUGCGUGGCGACAACAAUUCCUGUGAACGAAUCCAGUAUUGGACUGAGGAGACAGCAAUCACAUGCAAAGGUCAGAAGAUCACGGCCUUCAUGGGUCUCGGAACAUUCAGUGAAUACACUGUAAUCAAGGAGUUCCGGUUGGCCAAGAUUUCACCUGGUGCUUGUCUGGAGAAAGCCUGCCUAGCCGGAUGUGGACUUGCCACUGGCUAUGGAGCUGCCGUCAACACUGCACAGGUUCGGCCCGGUGAUCGAGUAGCCGUUUUUGGGCUCGGUGGUGUAGGAUUAUCGGCGAUUCAAGGCGCGAAAAAUGCAGGAGCCGCAAAGAUCUAUGCCGUUGAUAUCAACGAAUCCAAAUUUGAUGCUGCCAAAGCCAUGGGUGCCACGGACUUUGUGAAUCCGAAGCAUGUGCCGGAAGGGGGUCGAUUUUCGCAAUGGUUUAUCGAAAAGCAUGGCGCCGUCGACAAAACGAUUGAAUGUAUCGGAAAUGUUAAUGUUAUGAAAGACGCUGUCGAAAUCGUGGAGCGUGGCUGGGGUCGAGUGACGAUUAUUGGUGUAGCAGCGGCAGGUCACGAACUGGCCCUUAAUCCGGGCCAUUUUCUCACCGGAAAGACGAUCAGCGGGUCGUUGUUUGGGGGUUGGCGUUCCGUCGAUCAGGUCCCAGGGCUUGUUGAUGACAUUACGAGCGGAAAAAUCAACGUGGAUCCAUUGAUCACACACAGAUUCCCUCUUGAACGUGUUGAAGAAGCCGUCGAGUUGUUGAAGAGCGGAAAGAGCAUUCGCUCCGUCAUCGCUCUCUCGAAGCUA